GAAUCAUGGCAGAAUCUAUGGAGACCGGAACGUCGCUGGCAUGGCGGUUGCUCGCUACGCUAGAAGGUGGCUCGCUAGUGCUAGUCGCGUCAGCGCUGCUAGCAUAUAGCGCCUGGCAGAGGGCGCGUCAGCGGCGCCCGGUUCACACAGUUCUAUUAUCACACACAACAAGCGCGUUAGGAAAACAAAUAAAAAGGCGGCUAGAAUCGCAUGGGUGCGUUGUUAGCGUGCCAAGUGACACGAGCGGAGCGGAAGCGGAGGCGGGAAAAGUCGACGCACUAGUGGUGGUGGGACACGACGCCAAUGUUGAAAGUUUGGACGGCCUGGCGGAUCUCGUAACGAGAGAUGUUUAUGAUAAUUUAAAGGUAUUAGAAUCGUUAUCACGGAGUGUGCACCGCGGCGGCUGCGUGGCGUGGGCGUGCGCAGGAGCGAGUGGUGCGAGCGGUGCCGGCGAUGCCUUCGACACCGUGCUGAGAGCCAGCCUGCAACAUGUCGCUAAUAGGCACAACUGCUGUCCGAUAUGGGUGGGGCGACACCCAACGUCGCUGGCAGCGGAGCGCGUAGUCGCUGCGCUCGUCCCUUGUACCACACACUCAUCCGCUUUCUCCGUGAGAAAUGCAGCUCACAAAAUCGGCGAGUACCUUGGCAGAUGGCUCAAAAACUUAGCUUAAUCAUUUACCUCAAUCGGCUCAAUCAAAUUCAAGAUUCUUCUUCUUCUUCUUUAUUAGGGGCUAUAUAAGGCUCCAAAGCCUAUGUAUCACUGCGAAAUUCAAGAUACUAAGUUAUAUUUCAGGAUUUAGGGCUAUCCUAGAAAGUCACCUAGUGACCUGAGUUUUGGCCGCACUGAUGUAUCUGAUGGUGACUGUACAGCUGUACAGUAAGCUGCAUAGAUAACUGACCCUCCCCCGUGCAUUUAAAGUUUGCAGGAGGGAGUAUAUUAUUAUACCAUGGCAGGAGGGUCAGUUAUCUGAGUACAUCAGAGUACAUGGACACCCGGUGCAAUAAUGUGAGUGCAACUAGUGCAAGUGACCACACUUGAUCAGAGAGCUACCAAGUAAUUUAAUAUUUUGACGCAUUCAACGCAGUGCGCGCUACGGCCGUUACCGAUUACGUGGUUUAUCCGCUAAGACCGCUUAGUUCUUAAAUAGUGAAAAGCGCCUACAAAGAGAAAACCCGCUUAGCGGGUCGAUGGAAGUGCAUGUGUUAAAACACGUGCAUAAACUAUAUAACCAGUGCAUAAACUACUACCUAUUAAAGAUCUAUGGAGCUCAGUUUAAAUUAGGGUGGUAUUCCACCUACCCAAUUGCUUUGUCCAAUAUGUAUUGCGUCAUUUGCGUCUGACAUUUUGCUUUAAUAAGAGAGCGAGAUGCACUGACAUUAGACAGGUGGAAUAUCACCCUUUUAUACCUGAAAAAAGAAUUAUAAUUAAUAUAGGUUUCUGUGUUGUAAAUACUUAAUCGUUUUAGUGAAAUAUGUAGGUAUAAUUUUUUCAUGUUUUCAAUAUAAUUAUGAAGUACA